ACUGACGGUAAAGUCAGACGUGUAUCUAAACGGGAAGUUCAUCCCCAAACAGCCGCUUGAUCAACAGUGGUAUGAUCGCGCUUUGUUACAGUGUGAUAAUAUACUAAUGAAUUCAAAAGAGGAUGUCAUCCGACUUAACGUUAGACUUCGAAAAUCAUCGGCAAUACCCUGUGAUGGAUAGUGAGGCAGGCAUCAUCUCCAUCGAUCAGGAGGGAGAGUGGGACUUAAGCCUGUUCGAUGAGCUGGAGAAACUAGGCGAUGAGCUGCGGGAUGCAGAUGAGCUGCUUGAGGCUCUUGAUAAUGCUGGCUAUGCCAAUGGUGUUCCAGAUCUGGACUUUGACAUCGACAUUCCUCCAUGGAAUGAAAUGGAUACAUGCAGCAUUUCCACAGAUGGUGAGGUGAGCGUGGACUCUCUGUCACCUGCCCACACUCUGAGCUCGGUGCCCUCUCCUGCCUCAGUGGAAGCUUUGUCUCCGUGUUCCUUGCAGGAUGAGGCCCUGUCUCCACAAUCGCAGCCGUCUCCUCUGUCAGUCUGCUCAGAGUCCAGUGGCUUUUCUGAAAUCUCUUCCCCACCUAGAAAAGCUGCAAAGAGGACCAAUCAGGUUGUACGAGCCAAGCCAGUUCAGCCGGUCAAGAAGCCGAUUCAGAUUGGCCCAAAGGUUUCCAUCCAGCCCAAACCACUGAUUACAGCUGUGCCAUUGGCUCAAGCAGCAGCUCCCAUGCAGGCCAAGACAAUCAUCAUCCAGCCUCUGCAGACCACUGUGCUCCCUGUGGUAAAACCAGCUCCAGUCAACAUCAAACCAGCACCCCCUUCCAAGUUGUCCCAGAGACAGCAGCGCAUGAUAAAAAACCGCGAGUCGGCAUCCCUGUCUCGGAAAAAGAAGAAAGAGUAUUUGCUCUCGCUGGAAGCUCGCCUGAAGGUGGCGCUGUCUGAGAACGAGGUGCUCAAGAGUGAGAACGGCAACCUAAAGAAACAGCUGGAGGGCCUUCUGAGCAAGAAUACAGCGCUGAAAGCAUCAGCACCCAAAAGGAGAGCGGUGUGCCUCAUGGUGGUCGUGGUGUUCCUCGUUCUUAACGCUGGACCAAUGAGUCUGUUUCAGGGUGGCCCGGGCUCUUCGCUCGAAGUUGCUUCCAUGCAGCACAGCAGCAGACACCUGUUGGGUUUCUCACCAGAGGCAGAAAUUGAACGCCUGAUGGGUCCUGACGCUCUUGGCAGCAGGCCGUCUGAGAUGGGCGACAGAUCCGAAGAUAAAGCCCUGAUGGUGGUAAAGGAUCCCAUCUUUGUCAGACCGUCUCCGCCCUGCCAGCCUUCUGUCAACAGGACCAAGUGCAUUGAGCUGGCCCAUGAGUUGAGGGGUUGGGUCCACCGUCACGAAGUUCAGCAGACCAAAUCGAGACGAGAGAAUAACAGCAACCACAAACCCACCAGGACGAUUCUGAAAACAGGAAAUAAGGAGGACGAAGGUAGGCAGAUUGUGACGGUUCAAUACACAGAAACUACUGCGGAAAAAAAAGGCUCUAAACUCAUUGUAAAAGGCAUCUUUAUCAUUAAACACAUACAAGCCAAAUGUUUUGUUUGCUUUGAGUUUGUUGCGUUCUCCAGUUUCCAACCUUCUCUUCUUUCUUCUCAGGAUCAUCUCCUACUUCCUGCCACCAGCCACAAUAAAGGAAGUCCACCCAAGAUGUCUGUCGUGUUGCCAGCCAUGAACAUAAACGACAGCAUCAUAAGGGACAAAGACUUUGAGGUGAUGAUGCAGAUUGACUGUGUAGUAACAGACACCAGGAUCCUCCACAUCAGAUCUUCCAGCAUCCCGCCUCUGCUCCGGGUGAACCGCACUGACACGUUUUACCAGAACUCCCCAGCAGAGAACAAGGUUGCGCCUCCUGUCGGCGUGCUAAUGGGGUCUGCGUGAGAUCAUCAGCGACUCCUGCCUUCUUUACACCUCCUCAUUAAAACUCAUAAACGGAAGCACAAGAUAACACCUCAGUUAAUCAUUUUUCUCAUUUUUAUUUGUAUGAAUGUGGAAACUAGUCAUUGGAGGUUACAGAGGAAGCUCGAUUUGUCCUCACCGCUCAGCCGCUUUCUGGCUGAUUUCUGGAGCUGCACUGUAACAGGGUCCAAGCAGCAGCAGACUAGCUCCUUGUGUGGCAACACUGACUUACCCGUGUAACCCCAGAUGCUUUAUGUAAGGGUAAUUGUUUAGCGGCAGGGGGCAGAGCAUUGAACCUUGAGUUACCCCAUCAUAACACAAAUACUUUUACCCCUUACAGCUUACUUUCAGUCGGCUCUUUUUUCUGCACAAGCUCCAAAGCUCUGUGUGUGUGUGUGUGUGUGUGUUUAAAAAACAUUAAAUACGUUUUAAAAAUGCAUUUUUAUUUAAAAUGACCUGUUUGUUUGCUACAAAAUUGAAUGCUAUAAUCAUUUCUUUCUGUCUCUGAAGAAAGCAAAUCUCAUCAGUGAUGUAGUCACACAUGGCAGAUGAGUUAUCUGCAGCAACAGAGGCACAAACUCAGGAAGUUAAGUGAUCUUUGAACCCUAUCUGGCUAAUUGCUCUGUUAUCUGCUGGUUUCUAUUGCUGUUGAUGAAGAUUUUCACUAGUUAAUUUUUUCGGGUCUUUGCUGUGUUUCUAUAUUCAUGGACAGGUUUGGUUACUGUACAUAUUUAUUGCUGUUAUUAUGUAACAGCACACAUCUGUGGUUUAAUCCAAUUCCCUCAUUUUUAUCUUCCUUUGAAAAAUUCAGUAGUGAAGUUUUUAAAAUGCUUUCUUUUGUUAUUCCUGUUGACUCCAAAAACAUGUUUUAUAUAUGAAAUAAUAAAUGGCAGAUAGAAAAUCUAUUUAUGCAUAAAAACUAGGUUCUAUUCAUCAUGAAAUUUUAUCCCAGAGCAUAAAAAAAGCUUCGUCAUAUUUUAUAAAAGCUCGUUUUUGCCACUGAAUUAAAAAAACAUUCAACAAGUUUCAGUUUUCUGUAUCAAAAUUUCAACUUACUAACUCGAACUUAUGAGACAAUAAAUCCUAAUUGAUAUAAUGGCAAAAAAAUGCCUUUUUCAGUUGCAUAAACACUUAAUAGUUACACUAAAAGGUCUGAUGUUUAACCUCUGGAGUACUUCUCCAUCCACACAGCUCCUGCUUUUAUUCACUGCGUUUGAGAAAAGUUGCAUUUUUGUGCAGAAUUAUGAUGGUCUAUGAUCUGUUUUGCUAAUUUGAGGGUAAAAUUUGCACUAUUAAUGCAGAACAUUGGAUGUACUGUUCUGGCUUUUAAUUUCUUAUAUUUGUUUUUUUUUUUUGGUCUAUCUAUGAAUAGAGACAGAUCUUAUAUAAUAAAUCACAUAUAAUAGUAGAUAAAAAAAAAUAUGUGAUCAGAAUUAGUAACCUGUUUUGUCUUCCUGUACAUAGCGAUAAAGCGAAGUCGUCUCUGUA